UAAAUGGUUUCCCCAGCAGGUACAAUAUCCCAUUGCCUGUGUGCACCGGGCGCGCGCCGCCUCAUUACUUCCGUCUUUGACACGCAAUCACGGGAUGCUGUGCGCAGAGCGGCAGGUCUGUGGAGCGUCUCUCCCUGCACACUUCUCACCACUUCUGAUCCGGUUUCACACUUCAAGAAUUGAAAUAAGACUCUUUGGACGCUUUGAAUUAAUUUUUUAAUAUAUAUAUGUUUUAUUAGUCGCUUAUUUUUUUUUGAAGUGAGCACUUGUGUGCCGUGGAACGGAAAUGAAAAUGAACGGUACGACGUUUAACCAAACGGACGGCGGUAUUUUUUCCAACCGGACUGAGGAGAUCUUGUCGUGCUGUAACUUCUCGUCGGUGGUGACGGACGACGGCUUCGCGGCGGCGGCACCGGACGAUGAGCGCAGCUUGUUCAUCAUGAGAGCCGUGCAGAUCGCCGUGAUGUGCGUGCUGUCUCUCACCGUGGUGUUCGGCAUCUUCUUCCUCGGCUGCAACCUCCUCAUCAAGUCCGAGGGGAUGAUUAACUUUUUGGUGACGGAUCGGCGACCGAGUAAAGAAGUGGAAGCGGUGAUAGUGAGCGUGUAUUAGCGCGCGCUGCGCUUCCAGAAGUGCAAACUUGAGACAUGGACGCGCCCGGUUCUCUUUGCAGUAAAUCCAGGUGAAGUUGCGUCCAGAACGCGCAGUAACUUGUGCUGCAGCAGAACACAGUCUGGUGUCGUGUGAUGGUGGAGAAACCAGCUUCCUCUUUCCAACUUCCUCUUCAGCCAAAGUGUAUAACUGAACACACUGCACAUUUUAUGUGCACGCCACCGAAAUCACAAGGAGGUCGGACUUAUGAAGCCAGCCGCCUGAACUGUCAUAUUUAUGUUCCAAAUCACAUUUAUUUACCCAGAGUAUUUUUGCGCACGGAUGGGUGGUGCAUGUGUGCAACAAGCCGUGCGCACUUCUGACUGUAUUUUUAUGACUAUAUUACAGUUUUGUAAAACUGCACAGAUGUGCGUUUGUUUAAAUUGAUAGGCUACAUAUAAUGUUUCACGUUUAAUGGAAUAAAAGAUUGAAAAAUGUACAGAAAAGAUGUUUCCGCACGAAUUUUUAUGAUCUUUGCUACACCUCCAGAAGCGGGGAUGAGUUCAGCUGUAGCAGUGUCGUGUGCGCAAACUACAGUUUAUUGCGUUAUAACAGUUAUUUACUUCAUGAGUGAGCUUAAAUAAGACUUGUUUAAAUAAGACACGUGCAAUAUAAUUCAUUCUUCAUUCAUUUAUUCAUUCAUAAUCCAGAUAGAACCAGUUCUGUGGUCAGUGGGUGUGUGGGUGUGUGUGUGUGUUGUCAAAUAUAUUGCAUUGUGUCAUUAUAUAAUUUAUCAUAUGC